AUGAUAGCAAAUCUUAAUUGGCCAAAAAUUACUAAUGAAUUACUACCUAGACAAAGUUCUGUAGAUAGGCCUGACUUGAUAGCACGUGUAUUUGAACUUAAGUGCCAUGCCCUUCUCAAUGAUAUUAAAACCAACAAUAUUUUUGAAAAAGUAGCAGCUUACAUUUAUACAAUCAAAUUUCAAAAACGUGGCUUACCUCAUAUGCACUUUUUGAUCUUUCUUUAUAGAGAUGAUAAGAUAAAAGAGCCUAGUAAUGUUAAUUGUAUUGUAAGUGCAGAGUUUCUAGAUCCAGAUUCUAACCCCAUUCUUUUUGAUAUAAUUUUGCACUGUAUGGUUCAUGGUUCUUGUAGAGCCUAUGCUGAUGGAUAUCCUCAUUAUGCUAGAAGAGAUAAUAGUUGCUUUAAUAUUGGUAACAAAACUAUUAAUAAUAGAGAUAUAGUACCAUAUAAUCUUACUCUUAGUCGAAAAUAUAACUGUCACAUAAAUAUUGAAGUUUGUGCUUCUGUUAAGGCUGUCAAAUAUAUCCACAAAUAUAUUUAUAAAGAUCAUAAUAGAGCUACAAUAUAUAUUGGUGCACCAGAAGCAGCCUGGAGACUAUUUGAAAUGCAUUUACAUGAAGAAGUGCCAAAUGUUGUAAGAUUAGCAUUACACCUUCCAAAGAUGUACCAAAUAGUCUUUGAACUAAAUGAUGAUGCUUCAAAUUUUCUUUCUCAAGAAAAUCAGUUUUCACAACAUUUUGUGUGGAAUAAAACAACCAGAAAGUGGAUGAUUAGAAAACAAGGAUUUGCAAUUGGAUCUUCUACUAUAUGCAGUGGUUCACAACUAAGAACACUUUUUACAAUUAUCCUUACUCGGUGUACUCCUACAUUUCCAGAAAGAUUAUGGUUAAAAUAUCGUAAUAAUAUUUGUGAUAAUCUAAGUUAUCGCUUAUAUUCAGAAUAUUCUAUCGAAACACCAACUGAGAAUCAAAUCUAUGAUUAUGGGCUCUUUCUUAUUGAUAAAAUUCUUCUUGCCUCAAAUAAGUUACUUUCUGAAUAUCCCUCUAUGUCAAUGUGGAAUCAACAGUUAAUGUGGGACCAUAAAGAGCUUCAAAAUUUAGUCAAUACUCAUACACCACUAUUAAAUACUAAACAAUAUGCUACAUAUCAAAAUAUUCUUAAUUCAGUAACAAAUAAUCAUGGAAAUUUAUUUUUUUUAAAUGGACCUGCUGGAACUGGCAAAACUUUUGUAUAUAAUAUGCUUGCAAUAACAGUUCACAAUGAAGGCAAAAUUGCACUUUGUGUAGCAUUUUCUGGUAUUGCAGCCCUUUUACUUAUUGGUGGACGGACAGCACACUCACUCUUUAAAAUUCUAAUUAAUAUUAAUGAACUUUCUAUUUGUUCAUUUGAUAAAAACUCUGAUCUUGCAGAACUUCUUCACCAAACUGCACUUAUUAUUUGGGAUGAAGCGCCUAUGCAACAUCAUUAUUGUUUUGAUGCAGUUGAUCGCUUUUUAUGUGAUAUUUGUGAUGAUGAUCAUCCCUUUGGUGGAAUUACUGUUGUAUUCGGUGAAUCAGAAGAAAAUAAACAUUUUGCUAAUUGGCUAUUAAAUGUUGGAAAUGGUUUAAAUAUAGAACUUGAUAAUAGAAUUAUACUUUCAGAACAUAUGAAAGUUGAUCCUGAUAUAUCAUCUCUUAUUAAUAAAAUCUAUCCUAAUAUACAAUUAGGUGCACCAAAUGAUACAUAUCUAAAAGAUCAAAUGAUUUUAUCAGCUCGCAAUGAUGAUGUUCAUAAUAUUAACUAUGAAGUUCUUAAUAUUUUUUUAGAAAACAAACGCAUAUAUUUAAGUGCUGACAAAGCUGUAAUAGAAGAAGGUGCUGAUAAUGGAAAUAUAUAUCUAAUUGAAUAUUUAAAUACACUUAAUCCAUCUGAAAUGCCACCUGCCAAACUUACUCUUAAAAUUGGAUUUCAGCUUACAGAUUAUGUUAUUGAAGCAUGUAUUCUUAGUGGAAAUCAUACUGAAAAUUUAGUUUUUAUUUCUAGAAUUACUUUGAAACCUUCCUCAACAAGUCUACUAUUUAUCUUUACACGAAGACAAUUUCCUAUUCGUCUCGCUUUUGCUAUUACAAUAAAUAAAUCUCAGAGCCAAUUCUUAGCACAUGUUGGACUAGAUCUUCGAACUUCUGUUUUCUCAUAUAGUCAACUUUAUGUAGCUCUUUCCCGUUGUAUUUCACCCUAUUCAAUCAAAGCUCUUUUUCCAUUUGAUUCUUCUAACAAUACUACUUUAAAUGUAGUUUAUCCUGAA